GGGGCCCUUGACUGGGGAGAAGGGCGUUGGCACUUCUCUCUGGGCCUGGUGCAGGGUAGGGGCCUCCAGGCAGCGGGCGGCCUGGGGAAGGGGGCCAGAGGCAGUGGGCCUGGGAAUGGAGGCGCUUGUCUUGUGGGCAGGAAGUGUGAGGUGGCGAGCAGCUCGGGAGAUCUGGGGAGGCCGCUGGGUGGGAGGGCUGAGCAUGUGGUGGUGAGGGGAGCGGAAGUCGGAAGCACCGGCAGCCACAUUCUCCAUUCACUGGUGGACGGCCCUUGUAUCGGGAAGGCCUGCUUGCCCUCUCCCAGGGCCUUUGGAGGGUAGGCGUGUGGAUCCCCCCAUCCCGCUGCCCCUCCCAUCCGCCGCCAGCGCUGCCCUGGACCCACACCAUGGGACUGUGAAGGCAGACACUUCUGGGGGCGCCAGAGCAGCUUGCACACUGGAUGAUGGGAGACGACAGACUCUCAGAACACCCCAAUCCCAUGGAAUUUCUCAACCUCUAUUUGGGAGACAACCUGCAGCCUGGCCCAGGGGCGCACCUGAGGGACACGUGCAGCCUUCCCGACCCUCCCGAACCUCAUGGAGAACAGACCUGGGCCUUGGAGCCUCCCGAUUCUACGAGGCCAGAUGCUCCCCCUGGGGGUUCCAGCAUGGAGCCCCUGCACUUGGGGAGUAGCUCCUCCCAGGAGGAGCCCAGGCACAAAGCAGCACCCCCCGGGUCACCGGGGAACAGCCAUCCCCUGGGGAGCCCGAGGCAGAGCCAGAGCACGUCCACGCAGGUGGUGUUCUGGGCAGGUAUCCUGCAGGCCCAGAUGUGUGUCCUGGACCUGGAAGAGGAGCUGGAGAAGACAGAGGGGCUCAGGGCUGAGCUGAGGUGUCGCUGCCUCCCCGCUGCCCUGUGGAGCUCCCCGCUUUCCCCUCCAGCCCCCGCAGGCCCCCAGGGCUCAGGCCUCCUCCCCAGCUCACCUGUGGAUGACUCACCAGUGGAUGAGGCCCCAGGAGGAGACAGCAGUGGCACUGAGGGGGAGAACCAGCACUCCCUGUGGCCCAGGGAGGGAAGGACAGACUCCUCCCCGGAGUGGGGUGCUGAGGAGGAGAGCCUGUUCUUUGACAAUCCCCUCUUUUUGGAGAGCCCUUGCUCGGACAGUGCUUCUGGAGCUCGCUAUUCCUGGGGGCUCUCAGACUCCUGCGUGGAUGUGGGACCCAAGCCUGAGUGUCCCCACAUCCUAGAGCCUCCUCUCCCAGGAGGGGGAGUCCUAUGGGAAUUGGACAGCGAGCUGGAUUUGGGGGCUGGCACAGCUGAUUCCAGCGGGCACACCACGCCUCCGUUCCCUGUACCCACCUACAAACCUCACUCUUUCUCGUGGCCUGUAGUGAAUGAGGCCACCAAGGGGACCCCUGAAGUACCUCCUGACUGUGGGGAGAUUGAGACUUCUCUGGGGGACAGUCUUGGCCCCGCCCCAUCUGUGGCAUCCAGUGUGGACAAAGUAUUGACCUCGGAAACAGGACAAGUUGGAUCUGACCCCAGCUCUGCCAGGCAUCCUAUGCAACCUUGGGCCCUGCCCAGCCCAGAAGGCUGGCAGAUGGAAGAGGGUCCUUCCUGGCCUGGGGUUCCUCUGAUUUCCCAGGACCAAGGUGACAGUGAUGCUGAGUGUGCCCAGGAGUCUGCUCUGUGCACCUUGGCUCCUGGCCCCUGGGGGAGCCCAGCCUCAUCGCCGGAGUCCAGCAGCCCCGAGUCUGAGAGCAGAGGCCCUGGCCCCAGGCCCAGCCCUGUGUCCUCACAGGAAGGCAGCCCAUCGCCCCAGGGCCCCAACUGGUGCAGCAGUCUUCCUGAGCGGACGCUAGAAGCUUCAUGCCCUUCACUUUUGGAGACAGAUGGGGCAGAGCCAAGCUUUCCGGAGAAAGAGGAGGCAGGAGAGCCCCCACAGCCAGGGGAGGAAGUGAAGAGUGAAGGCCCAGCCGGGACUGCUGAGGCUGGAGCCGUCCAGCCUGGCGUGUGCUUGACCUCUGUGGCAGGGGGACAGAACCUCAGGCAGUCAAAACGAAGCAUCUCUUCUCCAUGCAUCUGGAAACCAUUCAGUCUCUGGAGGUGCUGGGAGGCUUGGGAAUCAGUGGGGAGUCUUUCUGGAUCUGAGAGGAGAGGGCUCAUCAUACCAAAACUAAAGUCAAGUUCAGCCCAAGAGAAAAGCUUCCGAGAGCCCCAUGCCCAAGCGCAGUGCCCGGAGGAAGGCCAGAGGCCACAGACUAGAGACAAGCUGGCUAAUGGUGUCAGCAGCGACAAGGUGGCCUGGAACUUGGCCUCUCGCCUCUUUCACCUGGAAGGCUUCCGGAAGUCUGAGUGGCCUCCUACCUGGCAGAAGAACAAUGACUUCAGUAGGGCUGUGGCUGAUGAGUACUUGUCCUUCUUCCAGUUUGGAGGCCAGAGCCUGGACCGAGCCCUCCGGUAAGGCCUCCAGGCCCUGGUCCUCAGCGGGGAGACUCAGGAGCGGGAGCGAAUCCUCUACCAGUUCUCCAAACGCUUCCAUUACUGCAAUCCGGGGCCUUCUCCUCUGCAGAUUCCGUUUCACACCUUGACCGUGCCAUCAUGCCUCCUCAACACGGACUUGCACGGACAGAACAUUGGGAAGAGCAUGAGCUGCCAGGAAUUUAUCACCAACCUGAACGGCCUGCGAGAUGGCGGGAACUUCCCGAAGGAGCUGCUGAAGGCCCUCUACUGGUCUAUCCGAAGUGAGAAGCUUGAAUGGGCUAUGGAUGAAGAAGACGCAGGCCGACCAGAGAAGGCGCAGAUGUCUCCCCCCACUGGCAAGCUGAGCAACCCUUUCCUGCAGCUGGCCCAGAACCCCACGGUGCCCACCUACAAGCAGGGCAUCCUGGCCCGGAAGAUGCAUCACGAUGCGGACGGCAAGAAGACGCCGUGGGGCAAGCGCGGCUGGAAGAUGUUCCACACGUUGCUUCGAGGGAUGGUCCUUUACUUCCUGAAGGGAGAGGACCACUGCCCCCCAGCAGGGGAGAGUUUGGUGGGGCAGAUGGUGGACGAGCCCGUGGGGGUGCACCACUCGCUGGCCACACCGGCCACCCAUUACACCAAGAAGCCGCAUGUCUUCCAGUUGCGGACUGCCGACUGGCGCCUCUACCUCUUCCAGGCUCCCACCGCGAAGGAGAUGAGUUCCUGGAUCGCGCGCAUCAACCUGGCCGCGGCCACGCACUCGGCGCCGCCCUUCCCCGCCGCGGUGGGCUCCCAGCGCCGAUUCGUCAGGCCCAUCCUGCCUAUAGGUCCCGCCCAAAGCUCCCUGGAGGAGCAGCAUCGAUCCCACGAGAACUGCCUGGACGCCGCCUCCGACGACCUGCUGGAUCUGCAGAGGAACUUACCGGAGCGGCGGGGCCGCAGCCGCGAGCUGGAGGAGUACCGCUUGAGGAAGGAGUACCUGGAGUAUGAGAAAACCCGCUAUGAGACCUACGUGCAGCUGCUGGUGGCCCGUCUGCACUGCCCCUCGGAUGACCUGGACCUGUGGGAAGAGCAGCUGGGGAGGGAAGCCGGAGGCGCUCAGGAGCCCAAGCCCAGCCUGAAGAAGUCCCACUCCAGCCCAUCCCUGCACCAGGAGGAGGCCCCCACCACGGCCAAGGUGAAACGCAACAUCUCAGAGCGCAGAACUUACCGGAAGAUCAUACCCAAGAGGAACCGCAAUCAGCUCUGAAGCUGGGACGGCCUCACGGACUCAGGCCCCGAGUUCUGGGGUGUAGAAGUGGGGGAAAGGACCUGAGAUGAGACCCCAUGGAGGAGACUUGCUUUAGUGGGUCCACACUGGGGAGGAGGCCUUCCCUUUCCUGCUGAAGGACAGCCCCUGCUCCUCUGCAGUCCUCACUGCAGCUUUCCCGCUACUGCUGUGCCCACCCCCACGGCAACCCCCAGCUGCCCUCGUCCCUGCUCACUCCCAAGGGAGGACAGAGGUCAAGGGGUGGGCUGCGCUCCCAUGUCACCCUUCUCUGUUCCACAGUCUAAAGUGGUCACAUUGCUUGGGCCUGGGCAGCUCAGCACUCAUUUGAGAAUCCAAGAACCCGCGGGCCCUGAGCUUCCAGAAGGGGGGCUGGGGCAGCAGAAGCCUCUGGGCAAUCAAGCCAGGGGAGCCACAGCCCUGAGGACAGUCUUGCUCUGGAGUCAGGUGGCCUGGGGUGAGAGGUCCUGGGAGACCCCAGGCAGCCUCAGGUGACUGAGAGAGCAAGGUGGCUCGGCCCUGCCCCCUGAGAGGUAGGGCUCCUGGGGCUUUGAGGACAAACUCAGUGAUGCUGACUCUGGGGCCCCAGGCCUUUGUAUGCUUUCCCCCACAAUCACCCGUGCACCUGGGGCAGAUGGGAGAGGCCACACCCCACACACCCAAUUGCUAAUCAUCAGAGCAGAACCAUUGGUGGUCAGUGAAGGCCAGAGGGCAUGGGGCCUCCAGAGCUCUGUGGAGAGCCCUGGGAACAAGGGGCCUUUGUUUCCUCAGAGCAGGGAAGGAGGUCCCUCAGGUUCAGACCUGGGAGAGGCUGAGGGGCAAGAGGCCAUGAUAUAUCCCCUGGGGGCCCUCUUGGAAGGAGCUGGUCUGGGAGCUGUGAGGGCCGGGUGGAAGCCUGGCUGCCUCCCACGCAGCCCAUCCCAUGAAGUUGCAUUCCCAAGGAGGGGCACCAGGGACCCUUCCAGAAUCCCUCACCCCCCUGCCAGCUCUCAGGGGGCUUUGCUGCCCUUCCUGGGAAGUCCCCCUGUGCUGCCCUCUGGCUGCCUCCCAGCUGGGCUCUGGGGGAGGUUCCGGACACUGAUGGACCUCAGGCUCUGCCUGUGGGAAGGAGGCUGGGAUGGAGAAGCAGCCACCAUUGUCUCUGUUCAGCCAAGUGUGCGAGCAGGCUGCCUGCCAAGAGGGGCCUCUGCUGCCCGGCUGCCGCCUGCUGGCUGACGCAUGGCCUCUCCAGCCUUCCUGCUGGGGCCCCUCUCCUCCCAUCCAUGCUAGAAACCAGCCCUGGGGCCUGGAAGGCCACCAAGCGGGGCUGGCCCUUCGGAGACCACAGGGGUUUUCUGGAUAGGGCUCAGCUCAGGGCAGGGCCGGGUACUCAGUCAGUGUACAGUAACUGCAGGCCAGUGAAGAAGGAGGUGUGCAUGUGUGUGCGAAAUACCGAGGGUCAGGGGGAUUGGCGCAGCUGGGACCCCCUGCAGGAUCCCAGGCUGGGUCUCCCUUUGCCUGGGCACCUGUGCACGUCUGAAUGUGUGUGUCCGUGUCCGUGUGCGGGUGUGGAACACUGUGUGCAGGCUGUCAGAGCCUCGGGACCUCGGAAUCAUUUGUUCACCCACUCAUUCGUUCAUUCAUUCAUUUCACAACUGAUAUUGACCACUUUUUAUGGAACCUGCCUCUGGCCUCCAGGAGGUAACCGCCUGUCCUCUGGUUCCUUGCUGUUAGGGCAGAGGCACACUUCGUCUUGCUGGAGAGGCAUGUGGAAGACACAUUCCCACUCUGCUCAGGGAUUCGGAUUCAGUAGGUUGGGGUCAGAGGCACGGAUAAAUAUUUUUAAAGCAGCUUGGGUCACUGAUGUGCAGCUAAUAGGUGAAAACCUAGUAUCAGAUCGAGGUGAAUUGCCCCAGGACCGAUACAAGCUUGGCCUUGAGUGGGUUAUUUGACCUCACUGAACGUGUAUCCUUCUUUCUAAAACCAGAAUAAAAAGCAGAGGUUUGUCUGCAUUUUUGCAUGUA